AUGAGCAUUUUCACCUUUAAUCCUAGCCCAUCCCCAAACAUCGCAUUUGGACCUAUCGCCUUCCGCGUCCCCCACGCUUCUCCCCACCGUCUCUCACACACCUCCCCACGCACACGCCCACGCUUCCCCUCACCGUCGCCCACGCUUUCCCCCAUCGUCGCUCACGCUUCCCCUUACCGCCGCUCACGCUUCCUCCUGCCUUCCCCCACGCUUCCCCACACCGUCGCUCACGCCUUCCCCCACCUUCCCUCACGAUUCCCCUCUCAUCGCCCACGGUUCCUCCUACCGUCGCCCACGCUUCCUCCCACCGUCACCCACGCUUCCCCCCACCGUCACCCACGCUUCCCCCCACCGUCACCCACGCUUCCCCCCACCGUCGCCCAAGCUUUCCCCCACCGUCGCCCAAGCUUCCCCCCACCGUCGCCCACGCUUCCCCCCACCGUCGCCCACGCUUCCUCCCACCGUCGCCCACGCUUCCCCCCACCGUCGCCCACGCUUCCCCCCACCGUCGCCCACGCUUCCCCCCACCGUCGCCCACCGCCACCGUCGCCCACCGCCACCGUCGCCCACCGCCACCGUCGCCCACCCCCACUGUCGCCCACGCUUGCCCUCCCAUCGCCCUCGGUUAGACUUCCCGUCGACCUCCCUUCUCUCCCACCUCUCUCCACGUCGUCAUCACUCCCCUGCCCAUCACGUUCCCCCUCUUCACCAUCGCGUCUCCACCCAUGUCGCCCACCCUCUCAUCCCUUCCCAUCGCAUUUAGGGUCGUCGUUGUAUCCCUUCCCCAUUGCCUCCCUCUCACCCACCCUGGGCGGGGAGGUAUGGCGAGCUGGGCUGGGAGCUGGGGAAGGGGUCGUGACUCGUUCGCUGUGGGGUGGUGGUGCGGCUUUGGAGCAGAGUGUUUGGCGCACAGCCAGGGCAGCGCGUGCAGGCGGGCAGCAAGGAGUGCAGUGCUGCAGGGGGCGGGUCAGGGGAGCGGGGGAGGCGGGGCAGGGGAGGCGGGGGUUAGGGAGAGAGGGUGCAGGGAUCCUCCUAUCCCCCGUUCCACCCUUAUACCCUACCACACUUUUACCUCCUGCCCUCCUCCCUUACUCCGUUCCGUCGUUCCCCCACAGUCGUCCUCCUCUCCCUCUCCCUUCCUCCCUUCCUCCAUCAUCUCUGCCUCACUACCCUCUUUACCCUCUCUGUUGCCCGUCCUCCCUUCCUCCCUUCCUCCAUCUCUCUGCCUCCCUACCCUCUUUACCCUCUCUGUUGCCCGUCCUCCCUUCCUCCCAUCCUUCUUUCCUGCCAUUCUUCCUCUCCUCAUCCUCCCUCGAUCCAGUCCCCCUUCCCCUUUCCAUCUCCCACUCUCCCACUCCCUUCCUCACGCCAACCCUGCUCCUCCGUUCCACCCUUCUACCUUCCCCCUUGUACCCAGCCGCACUUUUUCCUCUCAUCCGCCCAUCAUCUCAUCCGCCCAUCACCUCAUCCGCCCAUCAUCUCAUCCGCCCAUCAUCUCAUUUGCCCAUCCUCUCAUCCGCCCAUCCUCUCAUCCGCCCAUCAUCUCAAUCGCCCAUCCUCUCAUCCGCCCAUCCUCUCAUCCGCCCAUCAUCUCAUCCGCCCAUCAUCUCAUCCGCCCAUCAUCUCAUCCGCCCAUCAUCCAUCCGCCCAUCAUCUCAUCCGCCCAUCACCUCAUCCGCCCAUCACCUCAUCCGCCCAUCAUCUCAUCCGCCCAUCAUCUCAUCCGCCCAUCAUCUCAUCCGCCCAUCAUCUCAUCCGCCCAUCAUCUCAUCCGCCCAUCAUCCGCCCAUCCUCUCACCGUUGCCCACGCUUCUGCCUUAG